GGUCUAUUUAGAAUACGUAAACAAAAAAGAUAGAUGCUGAAAAUUCAGAUUGCCAAAAUGCUAUUCAUUCAGUCGACUCAUUUAAUCUGCAGACUUUGAUAAUGUGACAAAAUGGAAGUUCUGGGCACAGCAUCUCAUGCAGAAUUCAAUAAUUUCUACACCUCUACUACCCGCGAAUUACCAUCUAAAGGUAGCGAAACAGCCCGAGAAGGCGGUGAUGAUUUCUGCAAUAAAUCACAGGGCAAUGUUGGGCCUAUUCCAGAACAGUCUUGGGUGGAAUCAGCGGAACGCACACCUCGAACUAAUGUGUUAUAUGCAGAGGAAACUACAGAAAAGAAUGCUAAAGAUGAGCGGGAUCAGUAUCACAUACAAUAUCUUAUGACAAAAUUGCCUGUACUAGCAGAACAGUUCCAUGUGCAUCGGAAAGUAGGAGAGGGCACAUUUAGCUCAGUGUUCCUUGGUACGCUUAGGAAUUUAGAUCCAAAUAGUAAGCAUAUUCCUCGUCAGUUUGCCAUCAAACAUCUGGUACCAACAUCUUUACCAUCACGUACUGAACGGGAGCUGCAGUGCUUGCAGGAUAUAGGAGGCUCAGACAAUGUGAUUGGUAUUGACUUAUGUUUGCGCCAGGAUGACUGUGUGGUGUUCAUCAUGCCAUAUCUCCCUCACAAGAGGUUCAGUGACUAUGUUCAAGAUAUGAGCAUAGCAGAGACGCGUAAUUAUAUGCUGAAUUUGUUUAUUGCCCUACGUAGAGUUCACUCCUUCAACAUAAUUCACCGAGAUAUCAAGCCUAGCAACUUCCUAUAUGAUCGUGAAAAUAAGAAAUUUUUAUUGGUUGACUUUGGUCUAGCCCAGUGUGUAACAACUGAUCUUCCAAUGACUGAUACUCAUUCAGAACCAACGUUAUGUCCACAAAAAAGAAAACGUGAAGAGGAAGACAAGAGCUUGAGCAGUUCUAAAUGCAUGGACACUCCAGUCAUCCAGAAACGUAAGCGACUGGCUCUUCAGCCACGGACAAACGAGAGCAACAUAGCAAACAUUUCCAAGAAUGACACGCCGCAUAGCUACAGUUUUUCGGAAGCAACAGGUAGCAAUAGGAAGUGUGGGCCUGAGAAUGAUAUUCAUAAACUGGGCUUGUCUCCUUCAAGAAAUAAGGUUCUUCAUACAAAGAAUGAGAACACACCGCCACACAGCAGAAAGACCCCACGACACAAGGUUCUGCAGAACGAAGGAAUUCGCUCUCCACUGCAAGAUGGUGACAUCAGUAUGAAGCAUAACACCAUCAAGAAGAAGUUGUUCCCUGCUGGCUCACCAAAGAUCUCCAGUGGCACCCAUUUGGAUGGACCUAAGUUUCAGACUUUGGCUCCACAGACACCCAAUGGCCCCAGCUUUGUACGGGUGCAAAAUUCACAGGUUAAAUCUCAUCUAGUAAAUCCACCGUUAUCUUCGCAACACCAACAACAACAGAAAAAGCUUGUGUUUUCGAAGCCAUCGCCUGUAACCCAGGUGCAUUCUAAGAUGCCAAUGACCCGACAGUGCCACUGUUAUGGAAAGCCACGAGUUUGCUCUGUGUGUAUGGCUCGCAAAGUGCAGGCAGCUCCGAGAGCAGGCACUCCAGGUUUUCGACCCCCUGAAGUACUCCUCAAGUAUCCUCUACAGACAACAGCUGUUGAUAUGUGGGCUGCUGGAAUCAUCCUGCUUUGUAUUCUCAGCGGUUGCUAUCCUUUCUUCCGUUCACCCGAUGAUCUGAGUGCGCUGGCAGAGAUCAUGACAUUGUUUGGUACAGAGAGAAUAAAGAAACUAGCUGUCAAGCUGGGCCGCUUGGUAACGUGCAGUGUGGAGAAGAAAGCAAUGAAUCUGAGGAAGCUCUGUGAGCGUUUGCGUCGCCACCGAAAGGCGGGACGACCAGGUAUACCUCCAGGGACCCCUGUCUGUUCAGAGUGCAUGCAGGUUAUAGAUGAGUUGAAUGGAUGUCUGUGCCUUUCACCCAGUGAUUCUUAUGAGUCACCACAAUCUUCAAACAACAACAACUGUGAUUUGGAGAUGGAAUAUCCGAGCUCUGCAUACCAUCUUCUGGAACGACUUCUGGAUCUGAACCCUGAAACGAGGAUUACAGCAUCAGAAGCUUUGGAACAUCCAUUUGUUAAAGGCUGGUAAUGUUGUAGUUUCAUAAACAGAGUAAGUAUAAGUAGAAGUUUAGUUGGGUAAUUUACUAUUAUGUCUCAGAACAGUAAUGGAGGUACAGUGUAUUUCAGUGAAACGAGUCUUGUUGUUGCAGUUGGUAUAUCAGAACUGGAAUGUUUCAUAUUGAAAAGUGAUUGGUUAAGAAAUGCAUAUAUGAAACAGUAAUGGCAGAUUGCUACAGAAUUUUGUUUUAGUUUUUAACAUUUCAUAAGAGCUAUUUAUUUCUUGAAAGCUAAUGUGUGAAAUUGAAAUGUGUUGAUGAAGCAGAGAUUGAAAGGCAGUUUCUCCACCCAGUGGACUUCAUCCAGAGCUGGUACAUGCAGAUGCAAGGAAAGAUAAAUGAUAUUUUAUAUUAAUUUGAUUUGUCUCAUUCUGGUCCAUCACACUAUUAAUUACAA